CACCUCAGAGAUCUCGAUUCCAAUGACGUCUCCAUCGCCAUUUCUCUCGAUUUGUUUUCUCUUUCUGAUUCUCAAUGUCAGUCACUGCAAAACCCUAAAAAGAGACGUGAAAGCUUUGAAUGAAAUCAAGGCAUCUCUUGGCUGGAGGGUGGUCUAUGCAUGGGUUGGAGAUGAUCCUUGUGGAGAUGGUGAUCUACCACCUUGGUCUGGUGUCACAUGUUCUACUCAAGGAGAUUAUAGGGUCGUGACGGAGCUGGAAGUUUAUGCUGUAUCAAUUGUUGGGGCUUUCCCUACUGCUGUUACCAAUCUGUUGGAUCUAACAAGGCUGGAUCUUCACAAUAACAAGUUGACUGGUCCAAUCCCUCCUCAAAUUGGACGGCUAAAGCGUCUUAGGACACUCAAUUUGAGAUGGAAUAAGUUACAAGAUGCCAUUCCUCCAGAAAUUGGUGAACUCAAGCAACUAACACAUCUCUACCUGAGCUUCAAUAACUUCAAAGGUGAAAUUCCUAAGGAGCUUGCAAGUCUACCAGAGCUUCGCUAUCUCUAUCUUCAUGGGAAUCGCUUCAUAGGCCGAAUUCCACCAGAAUUGGGGACUCUGCAAAACCUUCGACAUUUGGAUGUUGGUAAUAAUCAUUUGGUGGGUACCCUAAGGGAACUCAUCCGUUUUGAGGGAAGCUUUCCAGCUCUGCGAAAUCUGUAUCUGAAUAAUAAUUUCUUUACGGGAGGAGUUCCUGCACAACUUGCAAACUUGACAAAGUUGGAAAUCUUGUACCUAUCGUACAACAAGAUGUUUGGAGUUGUACCUUCAGAACUUGCCCAUAUUCCUAGAUUGAUUUACUUGUACUUGGAUCACAACCAAUUUACAGGGAGGAUUCCAGAGCCCUUUUAUAAACACCCUUACUUGAAAGAGAUGUACAUUGAAGGAAAUGCUUUCCGGCCAGGUGUAAAACCCAUAGGUGUCCAUAGGGUCCUUGAAGUUUCUGACACGGAGUUCUUGUUUUAGUACAAUCGCAUCUUAUCCUUUCUUUCUCAUCUAGGGACA